AUGGAUAAUAUAGAAGGAUCAGGAAGUAGCAAUAGUAUGAUAGAAUGGUCUGAUGAUGAGGAUUUAGGCGGUGAAGGUUCAGGUAGUCAAAAUGAAGGAUCCGGUGAUACGGAAGAAGAUCAGGAACAUGCUAUAGCACCAAUUAUUACAUAUGCUGAAGAUGGCCGGCAUACGGAAUUAAUCGAUCGAAUUACUACUAUUACUACUACUACUUAUCAAGGUUAUAUAUUUUGCUUCAUCAAUUACUUCAUCAAUAGUUCUAAUAUUCAAUUUUGA